GCCCAGCUUGUUGUCCUUUCAGCUCAGAUUGCCUGGUCAGAAAAUGUGGAGUCUGCUUUGAACAGCAUAGGCGGAGGUGGUGAUAGUACACCUCUGCAAUCUGUGCUAACCAAUGUCGAAGCAACGCUGAAUGUGCUUGCAGAUUCUGUAUUGAUGGAGCAGCCUCCUCUCCGCAGAAGAAAACUGGAACACCUGAUCACCGAAUUGGUUCACCAAAGAGAUGUUACAAGGUCAUUGAUCAAGAGCAAAAUUGACAACUCCAAAUCAUUUGAUUGGUUGAGCCAGAUGAGGUUCUACUUUGAUCCUAAACAAACUGACGUACUGCAGCAACUAUCCAUUCAGAUGGCUAAUGCCAAAUUCAACUAUGGCUUUGAGUACCUUGGAGUCCAAGAUAAACUGGUGCAGACUCCCCUCACUGAUCGUUGUUACCUGACAAUGACACAAGCUUUGGAGGCCAGGCUAGGAGGAUCUCCAUUUGGACCUGCUGGAACUGGUAAAACAGAAUCUGUUAAAGCUCUUGGACAUCAGCUUGGGCGAUUUGUUCUUGUUUUCAACUGUGAUGAAACAUUUGAUUUCCAGGCAAUGGGCCGCAUCUUUGUGGGCCUCUGUCAAGUAGGUGCAUGGGGAUGUUUUGAUGAGUUUAACAGACUUGAAGAACGAAUGCUUUCUGCUGUUUCUCAGCAAGUCCAGUGCAUUCAGGAAGCCUUGCGAGAACAUUCAAAUCCAAACUAUGACAAAUCUGCUGCCCCCAUUACCUGUGAACUGCUAAACAAACAAGUGAAAGUGAGUCCAGAUAUGGCAGUCUUCAUCACAAUGAACCCUGGCUAUGCUGGUCGAUCAAAUCUUCCAGACAACUUGAAGAAAUUAUUCCGUAGUUUGGCCAUGACAAAACCUGACCGUCAACUGAUUGCUCAGGUUAUGUUGUAUUCCCAAGGAUUUCGGACAGCUGAAGUGCUUGCCAACAAGAUUGUCCCCUUCUUUAAACUGUGUGAUGAGCAACUCUCCUCCCAAAGCCAUUAUGAUUUUGGCUUGAGAGCUUUGAAAAGUGUACUGAUCAGUGCGGGCAAUGUGAAGAGAGAAAGGAUUCAGAGAAUAAAACGAGAGAAGGAAGAGCGUGGUGAAGUUGUUGAUGAAGGAGAAAUUGCUGAAAAUUUACCAGAACAGGAGAUUCUGAUCCAGAGUGUCUGUGAAACUAUGGUACCAAAACUGGUUGCAGAAGAUAUACCACUGCUUUUCAGUCUCUUGUCAGAUGUUUUCCCUGGCAUUCAGUAUCACCGAGGAGAAAUGACUGCACUGAGAGAAGAACUUAAGAAAGUCUGUCAGGAAAUGUACCUCACAUAUGGUGACGGAGAAGAUAUUGGUAGCAUGUGGGUGGAAAAGGUUCUUCAGCUCUAUCAAAUUACCCAGAUCAACCAUGGCUUGAUGAUGGUCGGUCCUUCUGGAAGUGGAAAGAGCAUGGCUUGGAGAGUACUUUUGAAAGCUCUGGAGAGACUAGAAGGGGUGGAAGGUGUUGCACAUAUAAUUGAUCCCAAAGCUAUCAGCAAAGACCAUCUCUACGGUACUUUGGAUCCCAACACCAGAGAGUGGACAGAUGGGUUGUUUACCCACGUCUUGAGAAAAAUUAUAGAUAAUGUGAGAGGGGAAUUACAAAAACGACAGUGGAUUAUCUUUGAUGGAGAUGUUGAUCCCGAGUGGGUUGAAAAUUUGAAUUCCGUUCUAGAUGACAACAAGUUGCUGACAUUACCAAAUGGAGAACGUCUAAGUCUUCCACCAAAUGUGCGCAUCAUGUUUGAAGUUCAAGAUUUGAAAUAUGCCACUCUAGCCACAGUGUCACGAUGUGGCAUGGUUUGGUUCAGUGAGGAUGUUUUAAGUACUGACAUGAUUUUCAAUAAUUUCUUGGCCCGACUGAGAAGUAUUCCUCUAGAUGAAGGCGAAGACGAAGCUCAACGCAGGAGAAAGGGGAAAGAAGAUGAAAGUGAAGAAACAGCAUCUCCAAUGUUGCAGAUCCAAAGAGAUGCAGCUACAAUUAUGCAGCCAUACUUCACAUCUAAUGGAUUGGUAACAAAGGCACUUGAACAUGCUUUUAAACUGGAGCACAUUAUGGAUCUCACCCGACUACGGUGCCUCGGUUCUCUCUUUUCCAUGCUUCAUCAAGCGUGCCGCAACGUAGCACAGUAUAAUGCCAACCACCCAGACUUCCCAAUGCAAAUAGAUCAGCUAGAACGCUACAUCCAGAGAUACCUAGUGUAUGCAAUCCUGUGGUCAUUCUCUGGAGACAGCCGUCUGAAAAUGAGAGCAGAGCUAGGUGAAUAUAUCAGAAGAAUUACAACGGUGCCUCUGCCUAGUGCACCAAAUAUACCCAUAAUUGAUUAUGAGGUCUCCAUCACUGGUGAAUGGGUGCCUUGGCAGUCAAAGGUCCCACAGAUCGAAGUUGAGACUCAUAAAGUUGCAGCUCCUGAUGUUGUUGUGCCAACGCUCGACACUGUCCGCCAUGAGGCAUUGCUGUAUACUUGGCUUGCAGAGCACAAACCACUGGUACUCUGUGGCCCACCAGGAUCUGGAAAGACCAUGACUCUCUUUAGUGCACUCAGGGCCUUGCCUGAUAUGGAGGUGGUUGGCUUGAAUUUCUCCAGUGCUACCACUCCAGAACUACUACUGAAAACAUUUGAUCACUAUUGUGAGUACAGGCGUACACCUAAUGGUGUUGUACUAGCUCCGGUUCAACUGGGAAAAUGGCUGGUACUCUUCUGUGAUGAAAUCAACCUGCCAGACAUGGAUAAAUAUGGUACACAGAGGGUCAUAUCCUUUAUAAGACAGAUGGUAGAGCAUGGAGGUUUCUACCGUACAUCAGACCAGACCUGGGUGAAAUUGGAACGAAUUCAAUUUGUUGGUGCGUGCAACCCACCUACAGAUCCUGGAAGAAAACCUCUUUCACAUAGAUUCUUGCGCCAUGUUCCUGUUGUAUAUGUGGACUACCCUGGACCAGCUUCACUCACUCAGAUUUAUGGCACUUUCAAUCGUGCUAUGUUGAGACUUAUUCCAUCUCUCCGUACUUAUGCAGAGCCCCUGACUGCUGCAAUGGUUGAGUUCUACACAAUGUCACAGGAAAGGUUUACUCAAGAUACUCAGCCACACUAUAUCUAUUCACCUCGUGAAAUGACUCGAUGGGUGCGAGGUAUCUUUGAAGCUCUGAGACCUCUGGAAACGUUACCUGUUGAAGGACUCAUUCGAAUUUGGGCACAUGAAGCCUUGCGCCUGUUCCAGGACAGGCUUGUGGAAGAUGAGGAGAGACGAUGGACUGAUGAAAAUAUCGAUAUGGUAGCUCUGAAACAUUUCCCCAAUAUAGAUAAAGAGAAAGCCAUGUGCAGGCCCAUUCUCUACAGUAAUUGGCUUUCAAAGGACUAUAUCCCAGUUGAUCAAGAGGAGUUAAGAGAUUAUGUGAAAGCAAGACUGAAAGUUUUCUAUGAAGAAGAACUCGAUGUGCCACUUGUUUUAUUCAAUGAAGUGUUAGAUCAUGUGCUACGAAUUGAUAGAAUCUUCCGUCAACCUCAGGGGCACUUACUUCUCAUUGGUGUCAGUGGAGCAGGAAAAACAACUCUGUCUCGGUUUGUGGCGUGGAUGAAUGGUCUAAGUGUCUACCAAAUUAAGGUACAUAGAAAGUACACUGGUGAAGAUUUUGAUGAAGAUCUAAGAACGGUAUUGAGACGAUCUGGCUGCAAGAAUGAGAAAAUUGCAUUCAUAAUGGAUGAAUCAAAUGUACUUGAUUCUGGAUUCCUGGAGAGAAUGAACACUCUUCUGGCCAAUGGAGAGGUCCCUGGACUGUUUGAAGGAGAUGAAUAUGCCACACUUAUGACUCAGUGUAAGGAAGGGGCCCAGAAAGAAGGCUUAAUGUUGGAUUCACAUGAAGAACUUUAUAAAUGGUUCACUAGUCAAGUGAUCCGAAAUCUGCACGUAGUCUUUACCAUGAAUCCAUCUUCAGAAGGAUUGAAAGAUAGAGCAGCUACAUCUCCAGCCCUCUUCAACAGGUGUGUAUUGAACUGGUUUGGAGACUGGUCCACUGAGGCACUUUAUCAAGUUGGUAAAGAAUUCACUAGCAAAAUGGAUCUUGAGAAACCAAAUUACAUUGUGCCUGAUUACAUGCCAGUUGUCUAUGACAAGCUGCCACAGCCUCCAUCACAUAGAGAAGCUAUUGUAAACAGCUGUGUGUUUGUUCAUCAGACACUUCAUCAGGCUAACGCUCGACUAGCAAAACGAGGUGGCAGAACAAUGGCCAUCACUCCUCGUCAUUAUUUGGACUUCAUCAACCACUAUGCAAAUUUAUUCAAUGAAAAGAGGAGUGAAUUGGAAGAACAGCAGAUGCAUUUGAAUGUUGGACUCAGGAAAAUCAAGGAAACUGUGGACCAGGUAGAAGAACUGCGCCGUGACUUAAGAAUAAAAAGUCAGGAGCUUGAAGUGAAGAAUGCAGCAGCUAAUGAUAAAUUAAAAAAGAUGGUAAAAGAUCAACAAGAAGCAGAGAAGAAAAAGGUUAUGAGCCAAGAAAUUCAAGAACAGUUACACAAACAGCAAGAAGGUAUUGCAGAUAAGCAAAUGAGCGUGAAAGAAGAUCUGGAUAAAGUAGAGCCUGCAGUUAUUGAGGCACAGAACGCUGUUAAAUCAAUAAAGAAGCAACAUCUGGUGGAGGUCCGUUCUAUGGCGAAUCCACCUGCGGCAGUGAAGCUGGCACUAGAAUCGAUCUGUCUGCUUUUGGGUGAAAGUACAACUGAUUGGAAACAGAUACGUUCUAUCAUAAUGAGGGAAAACUUCAUCCCAACCAUUGUAAACUUUUCUGCUGAGGAGAUCAGUGAUGCCAUCCGAGAGAAGAUGAAGAAGAACUAUUUAUCAAAUCCAAGCUACAAUUAUGAAAUUGUGAACAGAGCAUCUUUGGCUUGUGGACCUAUGGUAAAAUGGGCUAUUGCACAGUUGAACUAUGCUGACAUGUUGAAGCGAGUAGAGCCCCUGAGGAAUGAGCUGCAGAAACUUGAGGACGAUGCCAAAGACAACCAGCAGAAGGCCAAUGAAGUUGAGCAGAUGAUUAGAGACCUGGAGACCAGCAUUGCUCGUUACAAGGAGGAGUAUGCUGUACUGAUUUCUGAAGCUCAGGCCAUUAAGGCAGAUCUAGCUGCUGUGGAAGCAAAAGUAAAUCGUAGCACAGCUCUUUUGAAGAGCUUGUCCGCUGAACGUGAAAGAUGGGAGAAAACAAGUGAAACCUUCAAGAAUCAGAUGUCCACAAUUGCAGGAGACUGUUUGCUCUCAGGAGCAUUUAUUGCUUAUGCUGGUUAUUUUGACCAGCAGAUGCGGCAAAACCUGUUCACAACAUGGUCCCAUCACUUACAGCAGGCAAAUAUUCAGUUCCGUACAGAUAUUGCUAGAACAGAAUACUUGUCGAAUGCAGAUGAACGUCUUCGCUGGCAAGCAAGUUCUCUCCCUGCAGAUGACUUGUGCACAGAAAAUGCAAUUAUGCUCAAGAGAUUUAACAGGUAUCCCUUAAUUAUCGAUCCUUCGGGCCAAGCUACAGAAUUCAUCAUGAAUGAAUACAAGGACCGUAAAAUAACUCGCACUAGCUUUUUGGAUGACGCGUUCAGAAAGAAUUUGGAAAGUGCCCUGCGAUUUGGUAAUCCUCUGCUUGUCCAGGAUGUGGAGAGCUAUGACCCUGUUCUGAAUCCUGUACUGAACCGUGAAGUCCGUAGAACUGGUGGUCGAGUUCUUAUCACUUUGGGAGAUCAAGAUAUUGAUUUAUCACCAUCAUUUGUAAUAUUCCUCUCCACCCGAGACCCAACAGUUGAGUUUCCACCAGAUCUCUGUUCUCGUGUGACAUUUGUCAACUUCACAGUAACUCGUAGCAGCUUACAGAGCCAAUGCCUAAAUGAGGUACUGAAAGCUGAAAGACCAGAUGUGGAUGAGAAACGUUCUGAUCUCCUCAAACUUCAAGGUGAAUUCCAGCUGCGUUUGCGGCAGCUAGAAAAAUCUCUUCUCCAAGCCCUCAACGAAGUAAAAGGACGUAUCUUGGAUGAUGAUACCAUCAUAACCACUUUGGAGAACUUGAAGAAAGAGGCAGCUGAGGUUACUAGAAAAGUGGAAGAAACAGAUAUUGUCAUGCAAGAGGUGGAAACAGUGUCUCAGCAAUACCUCCCACUUUCGACUGCAUGCAGCAGUAUUUACUUCACAAUGGAGUCAUUGAAGCAGAUACACUUCCUGAAUCAGUACUCUCUUCAGUUUUUCCUGGAUAUCUAUCAUAAUGUCCUAUAUGAAAACCCCAAUUUGAAGGGAAUUACGGACCAUACCCAACGUCUUUCCAUUAUCACAAAAGAUCUGUUCCAGGUGGCAUUCAAUAGAGUUGCUCGUGGCAUGCUACAUCAGGAUCACAUAACCUUUGCAAUGCUGUUGGCUAGAAUAAAACUGAAAGGCACUAUAGGGGAGCCUACAUAUGAUGCAGAAUUCCAGCAUUUCCUAAGAGGGAAAGAAAUUGUUCUCAGCAAUACGAUUCUCCCCAAAAUCAGCGGCCUGACCUUAGAACAGGUGGAAGCUAUGAUGAGACUGAGCUGUCUUUCUUCAUUUAAGGAUCUUGUUUCUAAAAUCAAAGCUGAUGAUCAAUUCUGCAUUUGGCUGGAUAGCAGUUCACCAGAGCAGACUGUACCCCAUCUUUGGACAGAAGACAAAACUGCAACACCCAUUGGACAGGCCCUACACCGCUUGCUUUUGAUCCAAGCUUUCCGCCCUGAUCGUUUAUUGGCAAUGGCACAUCAGUUUGUUUCCACAAAUCUUGGAGAAAAUUUUAUGUCCAUUAUGGAGCAGCCUUUGGAUCUGGCGCACAUUGUUGAUACUGAGGUGAAGCCUAAUACACCUGUUUUGAUGUGCUCUGUACCUGGCUAUGAUGCUAGUGGACAUGUUGAAGACCUUGCUGCAGAGCAAAAUACACAGAUCACCUCUAUUGCUAUUGGUUCUGCUGAAGGAUUUAACCAAGCUGAUAAAGCAAUCAAUACUGCAGUGAAGUCAGGCAGGUGGGUCAUGUUGAAGAAUGUCCACUUGGCACCUGGAUGGCUGAUGCAACUGGAAAAGAAGCUGCAUUCCCUUCAGCCCCAUGCAUGCUUUAGAUUGUUCCUUACAAUGGAGAUUAAUCCAAAAGUGCCAGUAAACUUGUUACGUGCUGGAAGAAUUUUUGUAUUUGAACCACCACCUGGUGUAAAGGCCAAUAUGCUGAGAACCUUUAGCAGCAUUCCUGUGUCUAGAAUGUGCAAGUCACCAAACGAGCGUGCACGUCUCUAUUUCCUUCUUGCAUGGUUCCAUGCUAUUAUUCAAGAACGUCUGCGAUAUGCUCCUCUUGGAUGGUCAAAAAAAUACGAAUUUGGAGAAUCUGAUUUAAGAUCUGCAUGUGAUACUGUAGAUACAUGGCUUGAUGAUACAGCAAAGGGUCGUCAGAACAUCUCGCCUGACAAGAUUCCAUGGUCUGCCCUGAAGACACUGAUGGCUCAGUCAAUUUAUGGCGGCCGCAUUGAUAACGAAUUUGACCAACGGUUAUUGAAUACUUUCCUGGAGCGACUCUUCACCACACUAAGCUUUGACAGUGAAUUCAAAUUGACUUCCAAAGUUGAUGGGCAUAAAGAUAUUCAGAUGCCAGAUGGAAUCCGACGUGAAGAAUUUGUACAGUGGGUUGAAUUGCUGCCAGAUACGCAAACUCCCUCCUGGCUUGGAUUACCAAAUAAUGCUGAGAAAGUUCUUCUCACCACACAAGGCAUUGAUAUGAUCAGUAAAAUGCUGAAAAUGCAGAUGUUGGAGGAUGAAGAUGAUUUAGCCUAUGCAGAGACAGAGAAAAAAGCACGAACAGAUUCUACAUCAGAUGGUCGCCCUUCCUGGAUGCGAACGCUACACACUACGGCUUCCAACUGGCUCCAUCUCAUCCCACAAACUCUGAAUCAUCUAAAACGAACUGUGGACAACAUUAAGGAUCCAUUAUUCAGAUUCUUUGAAAGAGAAGUGAAAAUGGGAGCAAAACUCCUUCAGGAUGUUCGCCAAGAUCUUGCAGAUGUAGUUCACGUGUGUGAAGGAAAGAAGAAACAGACCAACUAUCUUAGGAUGCUUAUUAAUGAAUUGGUAAAAGGUAUAUUGCCUCAUAGCUGGUCUCACUAUACAGUGCCUGCUGGCAUGACAGUCAUACAAUGGGUGUCUGAUUUCAGUGAACGAAUUAAACAGCUGCAGAAUAUCUCCCAGGCCGCGGCUUCAGGUGGUGCAAAGGAACUAAAGAACAUCCAUGUCUGCCUGGGAGGCCUGUUUGUACCCGAGGCCUACAUUACCGCUACAAGGCAAUAUGUAGCUCAAGCUAACAGCUGGUCCCUGGAAGAACUCUGCCUGGAAGUCAAUGUUACCACCACUCAGAAUGCAGUAUUGGAUGCUUGCAGUUUUGGAGUAACUGGACUGAAGCUUCAAGGAGCCACUUGUAAUAACAACAAGCUGUCACUUUCCAAUGCUAUUUCAACCGUACUGCCCAUAACUCAACUUCGCUGGAUUAAACAGACAAAUGCUGAUAAAAAGUCUAAUGUGGUGACCCUGCCCGUUUAUUUGAACUUUACUCGGGCUGAUCUGAUCUUCACUGUUGACUUUGAAAUUGCUACCAAGGAAGAUCCUCGUAGCUUCUAUGAGCGUGGUGUAGCUGUCCUGUGCACUGAGUAAAAUGGUCCUAUAUUAAUGUUGAAUUAAUAAUUAAAUGCAACUUUACAACAUAAUUUCUAGUUUAUACUUUUUUGAACAGAUCUAUUGUAAAUGAAGAGCUAAGAUAAUAGUAAUUAAUGACAUUCUGUAACGUAUUAGUGCAAGAACGCAUUCAAACCUGGGUUGAUUUCAUAUACUAUCCGGGAAGGAAGAAAUCACAUAACGGAACCUUUUUCUCGGUUCUGUUUCUUGCCUACACCCAGAUUGAGCUUCAGAAAGAAAAAAUCCUGCACAUCUUUUAGAUUCUAUGUAUUAAACUUCAUUAAUUUAAGCUAGUCAUUCACCCGUUGCUGUUUGUUGCUGAUACUCCCCCAGUGGGAGUUUUAUAUCCAUGUAAUGUGUAGCAAAAGCUAGGAGUAAUAGGGCAAAUGUAGGAUUUAGAACUUAACUUUCUCCAUUGGUCCAUCUAAUCUUGAUUUUUCUCUUCCAAUAAAAGCCAGCAUUAUGUUACAGGUUACAUUAUUCAAGUUGUACUUGAUUCUGGGGGUACUUGGAAACAAAUUGCUUAUAAUAAAAGCUGCUUUUGAAUAAAAA